UGUGUGUGUGUGUGUGGUUGACGUGGAUUUGAUGAGGGGACAGGUCGGACACUGAUAAAGACGGUAACUAGCUAGUAAAGGAGUGCACGGGGAAAGAUGAUGACGGACAUUAGGCCACAGACAGGUGAAGAUGACAGCUGUUAUUGACUGAAUGACACUUUUUAUUUUUGCCUUUGACAGUGUGUGAAUACCACUUUGACUACAAGAUUCUGCAGAAACCAGUAGAUCUGCACAGAGCAACAUACACAUAAUCUGUAGGCUGGCCAGGUGUAAGCUACAGGUUUAGGCACAGAUGCGUAUAGAUGGGACAGAGGGACAGGUCCAGGCUAACAAACAGGUAUUGGGGAUGAAGGAGAGAGGGCAGGUACCAGACAAAGAUCCCUGGCCAGUGGCCCCAGAAGUCAGAAAGAUGGGGGUUAAGGGACCCAGCUUUAAGCCCCAAAUGGAGGGGGUGAAGCGGACUCUGAGGGUGACGAACCCCUUGGCUCGGGAGUGUUUGGGAGAGCUGAUGGGAACAUUUGUUCUGCUGAUGUUUGGCUGUAGUGCAUCAGCCCAGGUGAAAACCAGUAGAGAGACUAAGGGACAGUACCUCUCAGCCAACAUGGCCUUUUCUGUAGGGGUCAUGUCUGCCAUGUACCUCUGCAAGGGGGUCUCAGGAGCCCAUCUGAACCCAGCGGUCACUCUGAGUUUCUGUUCGUUGGGCAGGGUGCCCUGGGUGAAGCUGCUCCCAUACGCUCUGUGUCAGGUGCUGGGAGCUUACCUGGCCUCUGGCCUGGUCUUCCUGGUCUACUAUGAUGCUAUCAUGGACUUCAGUGGAGGGAAUUUGACAGUGUAUGGGGCUAAUGAGACGGCGUCCAUCUUUGCCACCUAUCCCUCCGAGCACCUAUCUCUCAGCAGCAGCAUCCUAGACCAGGUGGUGGGCACUGCCAUGUUGAUGCUCUGCAUCCUCCCAUUGGAUGACCAGAAGAAUAGUCCUGCCCCCGACGCUCUGAUCCCGCCCAUCGUUGCCGUGGUAGUCCUGGGGAUCGGCAUGUCGAUGUCGUCCAAUUGCGGCGGAGCGAUAAACCCUGCCCGUGACCUGGGGCCACGCCUCUUGACACUGACCGCCGGCUGGGGCACUGAGGUGUUCACGUGUUAUAACUACUGGUUCUGGGUUCCCAUGAUGGCUCCUCUGCUGGGAGGGAUGGUGGGCUCUGGGAUGUAUCUGGUCUUCAUCGCAUGGCACCUGCCCGACCUUCCAACGAACCCUUCCAUAGACAGCUCCUUUACUAAGCCCACCACGGAGGUGUGGAAGCAGCCCCCAGCACCAGAGAAGGAAGGGGUGGAGUUGAAAACUGCCGUUUUCUAGAAAGGGUAGAGAGAGUCAGGGUCUGGUGAGAAACUGGUGAAUCAACGUUGUUUCCAUGUCAUUUCAACACACAAGAUUAAUGUGAUGAUGUUGAAUCUACGUGAAAAACUGAAUGGAUUUGCAAUAACUCAUCAAUAUAACGGCAUUUCAUCUUAUUUUCACCCAACUUUUCACCUAAUUCCAAUGUUUUUGAUUUCACGUUGAAUUCACGUUAGCUGACAACCAAACCAAAUGUUAAUCAAAACUAGGUUGAACUGACUGCUUUGUCCAGCGGGGAGACAUUUCUCUGGCUGUUUCCUAUAGGAGAAAGGACACGCUAACAGACUGAUGGGAGAACAUUUGUCCAAGACUCCUCUCCUGUCAUUUUGUUCUAUUGAGAUGCUACUGCUGAUUGAGGGAAACCAGAGGGUUAAAUAAUGAACAUGUAAUGGGGGAAUUGAAACCAGGUGUGUAGAAAACAAAGACAAAACAAAUAGAAAAUUGAAAGUGGAUCGGCGAUGGCUAGAAGGCCGGUGACGUCGACCGCCGAACGCCGCUCGAACAAGGAGAGGGACCGACUCCGGCGGAAGUACCUCCGUUCAUUACAUGUGUGUUAAUGAAUGAACACAUUUUGGGAUUGGCAACUUUUCAAGGGAUGUUGGCAUUUACAUUUUUACAUUAAUUUCUGUGGCAAAUGAAAAUGGCUACUUUGUUCGGAAAUAGGCUACUGUAUAUAUAUAUA